UCCGAGUUACACUGCGCGCUCUGCUGACGCAACCACGUCACAGUGGUUCAUAGCGAUGGCGGACCGCAGUGUCCCCAGACUUGCCCAGGGAGGGACCGAGCAAAGUCACUGAGCCACUUUCACCGGCUCCAGUAACCUGUCGCCCGACCACCUGUUAAACGGAGGCCACUGUUGUUGUUCUCGUUGUCCCUCCCAUGAAAUAGUAUGUGGGACGGGAUCUGCUGGGAGUGCGCAGACCGGGACGAGCCAGAAGUGGAGUGAGCAGGAGCGCAGUGUGCCGGGCUGACGCGCCGCAUGUUGAGCCAGCAAGUUGACUGAUAUAAUAAAAGUCGCGUCGACGGGGAAGGGGACAGCCGCGCUCGGAUUUAACAGAGCUUUGAGGGGGACACUUGUUCCGGCAAAAUGAAAUUCGCGGAGCAUCUUUCGUCCCAUAUCACUCCAGAGUGGAGGAAACAGUAUCUUCAGUAUGAGGCAUUCAAGGAUAUGCUAUAUGCUGCCCAGGACCAAGCUCCAUCUAUAGAAGUCACAGAUGAAGACACAGUGAAGAGAUACUACGCUAAGUUUGAGGAGAGGUUUUUCCAGACCUGUGAGAAGGAGCUUCUGAAAAUCAAUACUUUCUAUUCAGAAAAGCUUGCCGAGGCCCAGAGACGAUUUGCGACGCUGCAGAAUGAGCUGCAGUCUUCACUGGACGCUCAGCGAGAGAGCAAUGCUUCGCCCGGUCUGCGGAAACGCAAGACCAGGUUCCACCUGUCGCAGGAGGAGCGCUGCAAACACCACAACAUCAAAGACCUGAAGCUAGCCUUCAGCGAGUUCUACCUCAGCCUCAUCCUGCUUCAGAACUACCAGAACCUGAACUUCACUGGUUUCCGUAAGAUCCUGAAGAAACAUGACAAGAUCCUGGAUACUUCUCGCGGGGCGGACUGGCGUGUGGCUCAUGUGGAGGUGGCACCUUUCUACACCUGCAAGAAGAUCACACAGCUCAUUACUGAGACGGAGACCCUGGUGACCACAGAGCUGGAGGGAGGCGAUCGUCAAAGGGCCAUGAAGAGGCUGAGAGUUCCUCCUCUGGGGGCAGCUCAGCCUGCUUUGGCCUGGACGACCUUUCGCGUGGGUCUCUACUGUGGCUUCUUCAUCAUUCUUGCCAUCUGCUUCGUUCUCACUGGUGCCGUGUUCUUCCGCUCUGAGAACGUCUGGCCUAUGGUGCGGAUCUAUCGGGGCGGUUUCCUGUUGAUCCAGUUCCUCUUCUUGUUGGGCAUCAACACCUAUGGAUGGAGACAGGCUGGAGUCAACCACGUCCUCAUCUUUGAGAUCAAUCCACGAAACAACCUCUCACACCAGCACCUGUUUGAGAUUGCUGGUUUCCUGGGCGUGUUGUGGUGUCUCAGCAUCCUCUCCUGUCUCUACUCGCAGUACACUUACAUCCCCAUGCAGGCCAACCCUCUCAUCCUUUAUGGCUUCAUGGUGCUCUUCCUCAUCAACCCCUUCAAGACCUGCUACUACAAAUCACGUUUCUGGCUCCUCAAAUUGCUGUUUCGUGUUUUCACCGCGCCGUUUCACCGGGUGGAGUUUGCAGACUUCUGGCUGGCUGAUCAGCUCAACUCUCUGGUGUUUAUUCUCAUGGACCUGGAGUAUCUCUUCUGCUUCUACAUCUUCGAGCUGCAGUGGAGCAACAGCAAGGGCCUGUUACCCAACUUUGGAGAUUCCCGAGACUUCGUAUGCCACAGCUACUCCUACGGUCUCCGUGCCAUCAUCCAGUGUCUGCCUGCUUGGCUGCGUUUCAUCCAGUGCUUGAGGCGUUACCGUGACACAAAGAGGGCCUUCCCACACCUGGUGAACGCUGGGAAAUAUUCUACCACCUUCUUUGUUGUCACCUUUGCCGCCCUCUACGCCACACACGAAGAGCAAAGUCACGCAGAUGCCAACACCUUCUUCUACCUGCUGAUUGUGUCCUCAAUCAUCAGCUCCCUGUACACACUGAUCUGGGAUCUGCGUAUGGACUGGGGUCUGUUUGAUCGUGGAGCUGGCGAAAACAUCUUCCUCAGAGAAGAAAUCGUUUAUCCACAUAAGGCCUACUACUACUGUGCUAUUGUGGAAGACGUGAUCCUGCGUUUUGCUUGGACGAUCCAGAUUUCUCUGAUCACAAUGACCAAGAUCAACUCUGUGGGCGACAUCUUGGCCACCGUGCUGGCUCCUCUUGAGGUCUUCAGGCGUUUUGUGUGGAACUUCUUCCGUCUGGAGAACGAGCACCUGAACAACUGCGGUGAGUUUCGUGCGGUUCGGGAUAUCUCUGUGGCGCCACUCAACGCUGACGACCAGACGCUGCUGGAACAGAUGAUGGACCAGGAGGACGGAGUCCGGAACCGCUCGGGCAAGAAGACCUGGAAGAGGUCCCACAGCCUGUCGCUCCGACGCCCCCUGCUGUCCACCUCACAAUCGAAGAAGGACACCAAGGUGCUAAUUGAAGAUACUGACGAUGAGGCCUUCAGCUGAGUCCACAGCAUCGGCACACACACACACACACAAACACACACUUUACGACACUGUACUUAUAAAGACCUCGUUCGCUAACACCUGACCUCAAAGCUCCUCCCUCGUAGUGUUAAUGCGUAGGCCUACCCUUCAGUCUAGAAACCUUUAAGUGAGGACCGUCAGUCACUGUCCUCAGCUCUGGGAAACUUACCUCAUCUUUACGUCCUUGUAAGUACAGUUGGUCUUUAUAAGUAUGGAAACAACACACACACACCUAUAAUGUAGAAACACACACAGAGAUAGACCCGCUGAAGCACAAGUAUAGUAUAAUAUCGCUGCAGGUGAGGAGAGCCAAUGCCACCCAGACAAACAGCCACACAGUCAGACAGAUGGACAGACAUCAAGGGAAACCUUCUGCACAUAACCGGCGAGAUAAGACCGCACUGCCCGGGGAUUAUCCUCUGCUUUUUUUUAAACUGACUUUUUUUAAUAUCUGUCUUUUACUUUUCUGUAGAUUCUUCUUUUAUUUCCUGAAUUUGUUUAGAAGACGCUGCAUAAAAUAGGCUACCGACGACUGUUUGCACACCUACACUAGGAUCAGCGGGGAGAAGUCAAAGCCAAUCAAAAGACUAACAAACACAAACCGGAGGAAGGACUCUACACGCAUAUCACAGCAUAUCAGAACAAAUCAACUGGUUUCAGCUUGUUGAUUCUUUUUAUACACCAUCUCUCUCUCUCCUUGUUUUUUUUAAUUUUUAAUAUUUUUUAGUUGUAAUAACAUCAGUGUGCAAUCACAACCCUGGAGGCACUUGCAGGAAAAGUGCAUUUAUUACACAAAAUCUUGUACUUGUACACAAAAAGGGAAAUUUUGAUUCAAACAUUUCUAAGUCUGUGAAGUUCCUUUGUAAUAUUUGAUGUGCAUUAUUACUCUGUUGUAGUUGUUAAGUCCUUUUACAUUGUUGUUUAUACUAGUCAGACUAGUUGGAGCAUCCUCACGAUGAUUGUUAAUGUGUUUUAUAAUGUUUGGAAUGUUUUUCAUGGUUGAACUUGUGCCACAUUUUUAAUGAGCUCAGAGUUAGGACCCUCGUUUAUCCCCGACCUCUAAUUAGUGCGUGAACGUGCCCUGUUAACUGCAGCAAAUGUACAUGCGUUACUUUUCUUUACAUUAAUUACCAAAGUUUUCUUUUUUAUGAAUGUGGCUGUGGCUGGGGUAGCUUCCUUUAACAAGCCUGCCAACUGAUAUGAAAACCAAACGUUUAAUAGCAGAUUGAAGUUUGCUCGCAGGCUGGAGAUCACAGUGACAUAAGCAGAGGUACAGCCAAUCAGCUCGGUCCUGUUCCAGAAAGCAGGUUCAACAAAUUCUAGGUUUUCGGGUCCAGAACAAGCAGAUCGGAGUUGCUUCAAAUCAACUCUGAGUGUGAGGAAACUAAGCCGUGAUCAGUGCAGCGCUCAUCAGCCAAUAAUGGGUUUGACUGUGGGCUACGACGUUUAGCAUAAAAGUAAAUGAAAAACAAAUAGGGGGUCAAAGUCAGCAGUGUCCACUCAGUCAUUCUUUACUUAAACUGAAUCCAACCAAACUAUAUCUGAGUUUGGCACAAUUACAGUGGAAAAUAAAUUAUUUGUAGACGUCUAUUCAAUUCAGUUCAGUUUUAUUGAACAGUCUAUUUAACAGUUUCAUUUCCAAAGGUGAACAUAUUUCAGAAUGAAAUGGAAUCAGGACACAUCCAGAUACUCCAGAUGUGUCAAACUUAUUUUAAAAUGCUUUCAGAACCUGAAAGUCGCUGAAGAUGCUGAAAUCUUCCUGUCAUCUCCGAUGUGAAAGCUAAUGUGAUUACUACAGUAAUGCACACUGUCAGGUAUCAGUGCACGGCAUCUCAUGGACAACCUGACAGAUUCCCGACUGCCCACAGAGCUAGAAGGAUCCUAUCGAGCAGAGCCGGUAAUAAAUCCGUGGUCGCUGACUCUGCUGUUACACUGAUGACAGAUUUAUUAUGAAAGCAGCCACGUUAACAAUAAACAACAAGCUAACAUAUAAAUGGGAUUGGACUGUUUGUAAGGACCAGCUUCUGUUCCACUUGGUGCUUUAAGACUGACUGCACGAAUGAGAAAACCUCAAAAGUUGUUUAAAGAAAAUCUGUCAGUGAGCAGUUUAAUUAUAGAGAGUCUGUUGCCCCGGUAACUGACCCAAUGUUUAGAUUAAUCACGUCUCUAAAACAUCAAAUCCACAGUUUCUCACUCAAGUUUUCAUUAAAUCUGUUCCCUGGAACGUGGCCCAGGUAAAGCACUUUUAGAUUUCACUGAGCUCAGUGAGUCCUGUCAGUUUUAAAACCGAUGUGCCGGAUCAUGUUUUUGCAUCUUGUCUUAAUAUGAACUCAUUUGGUUCUCCUUCUAUUGCAUUGGUUCUCCGGACCAUGGUAGUCCUGAGUAAUGGUUGUUUCGCCUCCCAUCCAAAAUAACAGAAUUCCCAUGAUUACUGACGGCGGCGCUGCAGUGUUGCCAGAUUUGGUGGUUUUCCAUCCAGCUGCAGGUAAACGGUCGUUUCGUUCGGGUAAUACAAUCCAUAAUGAUUAAUAACAAAACAAAACUGGGCUACCUCUAAGACCAUCAGGGGACUUGGCAGUGGUCAAACACUUAAUAAGCUCGUUCUCAGCUCUUUAACAAUAAAGCUUUCGGCUGUGGCUUUAUUUCCCGAGAGACCGCCGCAGCGGAUGGAUCUGCAUGCUUGAUUUGGUGCAGAUUUUACACCGGAUGCUCUUUCUGAUGCAAUCGCUCUUGCUUGGGAUGAUACUAGAAGCCCUCUGUGAUCCCGCUCUCUUCCCGGUCUUAAACCCGAGCCCUUCACAUCUAAAGCUGUAACAAUAGUAACCAUUAUCCACGAUCUGUGACAAUUUUGAGCCACGAGAACAGUCAGGUGUCUUUGCUUCUGUAACACACACUUGAGCUUAAACGUUGCUUCACUAAUUUUAAAAUGUAGUCAGUAACAGCUGAGAUGAAUGCGCUGCGUGUCUGGCCAAUGCUAUUACCAGCCACUGGUUUAAGUUUCAAGCUUCUUCUCCUGUUAAAGGCCCCCUGGCUGUCAGAGAAACGAUGGCGACGCUUUAACGCUGGCGUCUACGUGUGCGUGUUUGACCCUCUCGCUCUGCUGUUCCUCCCUGUGGCUACACUGUGUCACCACCCACCAGGGAGCUACAAGACCGAUUUAUUACAGAAAUCUCUCCUGUUUCUGAUUCUUCUCUUUUUUCUCCUCCUCAUAGUGGCUGAAAAGCCUCCGAGUGCAAUGAGCUUAAUGUGAACUUGAAAAAGCUGGAAAGUAAAACUGUGCCGUAUCUGUUUAAAGUUUAGAAGGUGGAUGGAGUGUCUGUCCGUUUAAACACACAGCAUGACUUUAUACACACAUUAAACAUGACACACACACACGCACACGCAUUGCCUCUCUCUUGUGUCAGAGAGCACAAACACUACAGCAGAUAGUUUUGUAAAAAGGCUCCGUUGUCUUGCCUGCAUGCUGCUUUUUGUUUUACAUUGUACAUAGAUGUUAAUUUAUUUGACAUAAUGUGUAUAUUAGUAAUCAUUGUAGCCACUGACAAUGAUUGAUUUCAUACGUUGCCAUUUCUGCUCCAGAGCAAACAGUAUUUUGGAGGCGACGAGGAGAUUUUUGAUCGUUCACAAUCCCGCACUCUAUUUUUCCCCUCCAUGUGUAAAUCUGUUGAAACGUGUUUGUAUAAAAAUAGAAGAAAAAAAACGAAUCCACAAAGAUGGAGAACGUGAUCAGUCGUACCUUGUUGGUGAUUCCUUCGUAUUUAGAUAUAAAUGGGGCUCGAGGAGAAGGACGAGGUGGGGGGACGGACUCCAGCGUCCUCAAGCUGAAGCUGUUCAUACAUUUGUGAAUGUGCAUGAAAAUAUUGUGGACAUCAUAUCUAUUGUUGUUAGUCGCCCUGCAGAGUACUGUGGGAGGGCACAGGACGAGACCCCAGUCCGGGGAGGAACCACACCACAACAACAAGAUACCGCUAAACUGAUCCGCCCGUGUACUUCUUGAAUAUGAAGGAUCUUUAUCUGCUCACUGGAAGCAUUUCAAGGUGCUUUGAUGUGAGAAAAACAGAUGUUUUAGUGAUUAGUGUCUGUCUGCAGAUGUUCAGUGUGUGUAACCCGCUGACAAAAACAAAAAACAGGGUGAUUUUGUACAGAUGUUAGACGAUGAUAAGCCCUGACAUCCCUCUUUUUUUCCCCUCACGAGUGAAGGUUUUGUUUUCACUGCCUGCUGAAACCUUCACAAUGUUAAAGUGCUCGAUAUCUGUGCAUCCCCCCCUCCCUCGAUGUUGUUUGUACCCUUUUCUCUAAACUAGCUGAACGUGAUAGUACCUGUAGUUUGGUAGAUGGAUGUUCUACUUUGAUAAGACACUUAAAAAUUUAAAAAGAUGACAGAAUAACUACAUUGUGGCUAAAUGUGACUUAAAGAGACAUGAAGGGAAAAUGUCUUACAUGCUGAACCAUCCUCCCCGAGUCCCUUUUACAAAGUAGUUUGUACAUGUCGAGUGUAUAACACUGUUCUAUGAUGGUUUUUCUGAUGGUAUUUGUAUUUCUGUAUACACUUUGGUGAUCCUGUCAUAUCUGGGUUUUAUAAACCACGAUUAUUUUUAAAGCUCA